AUGCAAUACCAUUUAUCUUUCUUAGCCCUUCUUGAAACCAAGAUUAAAGAUGGAAAUAUCCAAUCAAUUGCUAAGAAGAUAGCUAGAGACUGGAACUGGUUUUCAAAUGGGAAUAACAAUGAUAUAGCCAGGAUUGUUAUUCUAUGGGAUCCACAUAUUAUGGACAUUCAAAUAAAUAGUUUCUCAGCUCAGCAAAUAACUUGUGCUGUUAAGACCACUGAUGGAAGAUUAAGUUGUAUCAUUUCUUCAAUCUAUGGUUCCAACCAUCUGGUAGCCAGGAAAAAUUUAUGGUCAGAAUUAUCUCAGAUUCAUCAAAGCAUAGGCAAUCUGCCUUGGCUUAUAUGUGGAGAUUUCAAUGCCUUGAUAAGCAAUGAGGAGAAGCUAGGGGGCUCUAUGCUUUCUGAAGCAGAUACAAAGGAUUUUAAACAGUUUAUUGAAGAUUGUAAUCUGUUACAUCUCAAAACCAUUGGAUGUUUUUUUACAUGGAACAACAAACAAGACUCUACAACAAGGGUAUGGAGUAGGCUUGAUAGGGCCUUAGUAAAUGAUUCCUGGUUUCUAGAAUACAAUUCGAGCCAUGUUGAAUUCUUGUCUCCUUGUUUCUCUAAUCAUUCACCUGCUCUGGUGUCUAUAUAUGAGGAUAAUGUCAAAGAGUGGACCAUCCUUACUGAUAUUCAAGCCAGAAAUCUAUCUAGCCCAGUUACAAAAGAGGAAAUCAGAUUGGCUGUGUUUUCUAUCCCUGAGAAUAAGGCUCCAGGACCAGAUGGCUACAGCUCUUCUUUCUACAAAUCUGCAUGGUCUAUCGUGGGGGAUGAUGUUACAUUAGCUAUUGAAGAGUUCUUCAAAACUGGGAAACUUCUGGGUGCUGUAAACUCAACAUCUAUUACUCUCAUUCCGAAGGUACAUUGUCCUCAAACUCCUGCUGACUUUCGACCAAUUUCAUGUUGCAACUGUCUAUACAAAUUUAUUUCUAAAAUCCUUGCAAAUAGACUACAAUCUGUUAUUGGCUCAAUCAUCAGUGAAGCUCAAAGUGCUUUUGUUAAGGGUAGACAAAUUUCUAAUAAUAUCCUGUUAGCACAUGAGCUUGUGAAGAAUUAUGGAAGAAAACAUUUAUCCCCAAGAGCUAUGCUAAACAUUGACAUAAUGGUUCUAUGCAUGGAUACUUCAAAGAUGAAAGAGGGUUGA